AUGACUGAACCAGAAGAGCUUGAGGAGGAUCUCUUUGCUGACUUGUACGAUGGAAAUGACAAUAACCAGGCCGCCUCCACUGGAGUAGCCGACUACUCCGCGGAUGCAACUACUUCAUCAGCGGUCCCCCAAACCAAUGAUUACCAGAAUGGAAGGGGCUACGAGCCCUCCUAUGAGAACUCAAACGAACAUGAUACAUAUCACGUCCAGGAGACUGGUGGGAUCCAAAGUUACCAUUCAAUGGAUGAGACCUCACACGACAUAAACGUGCACUCUGGUGAUGGGUUGCAGUCUACAGAUGGAGAAACACAGGGUACAGGUAUCAAGGAAGAUGGGAAAAUGUUCAUUGGAGGCUUGAACUGGGAGACCACGGAUCAAUCGCUUAAGGAUUACUUUUCACAAUUCGGCGAGGUCUCGGAAUGCACAGUCAUGCGUGACAGCGCUACAGGGAGGUCGAGAGGUUUCGGUUUCCUUACCUUCAGAGAUCCUAAAACCGUCAACACGGUCAUGGUUAAAGAGCAUUACCUAGAUGGAAAGAUUGGGAAGAUCGAUCCUAAACGUGCCAUUCCUCGCGAUGAGCAAGAGAAGACCAGUAAGAUCUUCGUUGGAGGAGUCAGCCAGGAAGCCACAGAGCAGGACUUCAAACAGUUUUUCAUGCAAUUCGGCCGUGUGGUGGACGCCACACUUAUGAUCGACAAGGACACUGGACGCCCGCGAGGAUUUGGUUUCGUGACGUUCGACAGUGAAGCCGCAGUGGAAGCCACACUUUCUCGACCUUUGGAAAUCCUCGGUAAAUCUAUUGAGGUGAAGAAGGCUCAGCCAAGGGGAAACCUGCGGGACGAUGGUGGCCGACGGGGCAGAGAUCAGGGCAUGACGCCGGACAAUAGCCAACAGCAAGGUGGCCAAGGACCAGGAGGUAUACCCAGUGGCAUCACACCACAGAUGAUGGCACAGUACUGGCAACGAAUGCAGCAGUACUUUGCUAUGAUGCAGCAGCAAAUGGCAGCUGCUCAAGGCCAGGGCAUGGGCGGAAUGAAUAUGGCCGGUAUGAAUCCCGCAAUGAUGCAGCAAAUGAAACAGAUGCAAAUGGCAGCCGGUCAACAGCCUGGUCAAUCACCCAGUCCCGGUCCACAGGGUAUGCAGAAUAUGAUGAACAAACCCGCCAUGAUGCAACAGAUGCAGCAAAUGCAGCAAAUGCAAGGCCAAGGGCAAGGACAAAUGGGCAUGGGUGGCGCUGGUUAUGGCGCUAACCGUGGUGGGCCGGGCUACAAUGCUCACGAGCAACUAGCUUUUGAGCAACAAAAGUACGAGCAGCAACAAGCUCGACGAGGCGGCGCCUACUCCCCUUAUCAACAAGGCGGCCCUACAUCAUGGGAAGGCAUGUAUGACGAGGUCCCUCAACCGAAUGUCCCAGCAGGCCCACAAGGUCGCGGUGGUGGGAACAUGGGAAGAGGCGGCAUGCAGAACCAAGGCAAACCAGGCACUCCAGGCGGCUCUACACCUCCUGCUGCACCUGCAAACGCUCCCACUGGUCCCCGAAACCCCGGGCGACCAGGAGCUAACUAUCGCGGUGGAGGUCGCGGAGGUGGUCAUCGUGGUUUUCAUCCUUAUUCGCGAUAA